UGCGCCGGAAGUAUAAUUCUUAAACGCUGAUGUGUUACCUUCAUUGAGAUCUCGUUACAGUUGAACUUCAAGCCUGUGUUUGGUAUAACAGUCCAUCCAAAUUGCUCAAUACUGUACAAGUCGAUGUCAAAAAAGGACCUACUUCGCGUACGUGAAAAAAGCAGCAGCACAGGGUUGAGGAACUAAUGGCGCCCAAAGGUAAGGUCGGAACUAAAGGCAAGAAGCAAAUCUACGAGGAGAAUGAGGCGACACUCAAGUUCUACACCAGAGUAAUCUUGGGAGCCAACGCGAUAUACACUGCGUUAAACCUCUUGGUCUUCUAUAGCUCUUCAACGUUUUGGACAUGGUUUGCGCUGGUGUUUGCCCUGGCAGUGUGUGUGGGCAGUUACCGCGCCAUGUCUGCCAUGGCCCAAGCAGUGUUUGGUGAGGAUGGGAGUCUGCUCGACGGUGGAAUAGAUCUGAACAUGGAGCAGGGGAUGGCAGAGCAUCUGAAGGAUGUUAUCCUGCUAACUGCUAUAUUACAAGUGCUCAGCACCAUCUCCUCCUGCUUCUGGUACCUUUGGCUGCUGGCCCCGGCCCGAGCAAUGUUCCUGCUGUGGGUGAACUUCCUAGGCCCCUGGUUUUCGGCCGAGACCCCUGGUGCAGCCCCAGAGGAGGUGAAUGAGAAGAAGCAGAGACGACAGGAGCGCAGACAGAUGAAGAGAUUCUAACUUGGCAGACUGCCAUAGUAUUUCUAUACACAGAAUGAAUCUAAGUACAGCCAGGAACUCUACAGUUAAGUUAUUCAGGAGGAACUUUUGAUGUGUACACAAAGACAUCCAGGUAUGGAUAAAGAAUUCAGCUGAACCCUGUGGGUUAUCUGGUUUUCCUCUCUCCCUAUCCUUCCAAUUCUUCCUCUCCCCUCUAUCAUUAUCCUUUUUCUUCACAUCUGGAGAGGAAAUCGUCCUUGUUGGGCUGAUGAUCUCGUCAUCAGUACAUGUUGUCAUAUACCUUGGCCUGUAAUUUGUUUACAUCCAAUUGUUCAUAAUCUAGGUCUAUGUAUCACACCAAUUUCAUCUGAACUAGUGAAAAGGAUGUGUUGAUCUUACCCUAUGGCAGACCUUUUAUUUUAGACUAUGCUCAUCAGAUCACACGCUCAUGCCCAAUUCCAAAUAGACCACUAGCCACUACCAUCUAGGUGCUAAUCUAGACCAAGGGGGAACUAUUACCUAAAUUUCACAGAUAUUUAUUUCAGAUCUACAUGCGGUGCUAGGUGUUGGUUUGGAAUUGGGCAUAUGUGACGAAGGUCAAAAUUAAAUCUGAUUGUGCUUUGUCUGCAAUGCACAGUUUAAAGGCAAUGUUCUCGCAGAGACUACAUUCACUGUUAAUGCUGCAUAUGUUGGCUCAUUCGGAAAGGACUUUUACACUGAACAAAAAUAACAACGCAACAUGUAAAGUGUUGGUCCCAUGUUUCAUGAGGUGAAAUAAAAGAUCCCAGAAAUGUUCCAUAUGCACAAAAAGCUUAUUUCUCUCAAAUGUUGUGCACAAAUUUGUUCACAUCCCUAUCAGUCAACAUUUGCUUAUAAUCCAUCCACCUGACAGGUGUGGCAUAUCAAGAAGCUGAUUGAACAGCAGGAUCAUUACCCCAGUGCACCUUGUGCUGGGGACAAUAAAAGGCCA